CGCAUGUGUACAGGGGUUGUUGUCAGUGGUGGUUAUGGAGAUGAGAUGGGACUACGAGGUGUCAACAACACGUUAAUGUUUCAGUGUCAAUCAGAGGAAUGCCCAGGAAGAUAAGAUUUAAUGUGGUCAGCUCUUCAAGUCAUGAAGACAACUUCGGUGCCAAGGAGCUCAUGAUCCAUGGCCCCACUGUCAAUGGCUGGAGAUCCAGCAGGCUCUGCUCCUAUCCUCAGCACAUCACUCUUCAAAUGGUGGAGAGAAGUAGGAUAAGGAAACUGCAGCUGUUGGCUCAUCAGUACCUGAUACCUGCUAAGGUUGAAUUCCAUAUUGGAGACAGCCUCCCUGAAACCAGCCCUCCAGAGUUUCCUGGUCGUCUUCGGAGACUUGGGUAUGUGUCAUUGUCAGAUAAUGAGAAGACAUGUUUCAAAGCUCGGGAACUGAAGUCGGUCCAUGUAGAUGCCAUUGGAACGUAUCUGAGAAUAACCCUCCACAGGAACCAUGUCAACCGUUACAAUCACUACAAUCAGGUUUCUCUGGUUGCCAUUAAUGUUCUGGGAGAUUCUUUGGAAGGGAACGUGUUUAACACAUUACCAAGCAGAGAACAGCUGAUCGAACACUACCUCAGCAGUACCCAGCAGGACGCCGCCUUGGACACGACUUUCAUGGGCAAGUGCGAGUCCAUCUCUCCCUUGGAUGACUUGGCUUUUGAUAUGUACCAGGACCCUGAAGUUGCCCACAUCAUCCGUCUCCUGGAUCAGAAGAAGCAGAAUAUGGUCCGACAGGAGAACUUUGACCAGGCUAAGAACAUGAAGCAGGCCAUCGCAGACCUGCAGAAGGUUGGAGAGCGAUUGGCUCGAUAUGACGUGGAGAAGCGUUGUGCAAUCGAGAAGGAGGACUAUGACUUGGCCAAGAAGAAGAAAGAACUUAUGGAUGAGUACAGGAAGAAGGUCUACCAGCAACUGGAAGUUCACAACUUGUUGGACAUGACAAUGAUUAUCGGGGCUGCAGGUUUAUCUCCAGCCCAGUGUCCUCCCCAACCUCUGCCUUCCCCAGGUCAUCAGUUAGCCCCCACCAAACCUCUGAUGUCCAUAGACACAUUCAGAAAGAGGAAAAAAACAAGCUGCCGUCAAAAUCAGCAGUCAGUCACAAAAGUUAUUGCACCCAAACAUGUACCCAAAUCCAUACCUGACACACCUUUCACCUCUGCUGCCGCAUCCAAGAUUGACGUUACCAGUGUGCCUUAUGAUGAGAGGCCCCUGCCAGCCCUUCAGAAGAAAGAUCCUCUAGUGGAGACCAUCCAGAGCCCUGCCAUGGAUCACUCCCCUAAAUCUGAUGUGCAGAGGACUCCACGAAAUCCUGAAAUGAGUGGAGAGCCAGAGCCCCUGACAGAGAAAGCCCAGAGAGAAGCUGGCCUUCCAAUAGAGGUUUAUGGAGAGAACCUGGUGGCUGGGGCAUAUUCUAAAACCUGGUGCUACAGAGAGGAUGCUCUGCUGGCUGUCCACAAGAAGUUGUUGGAGGUAUCGUCCACCACCCCCAAGGAGGAGCUGAGAAACAUGAUAAGAGCUGCAGUCUUCCUGGUCAAGAAAGCCUUACUGGAUAAAGUCACAUCGGUUUUCCAUGCAUCACUGAAGCUUCUGCGGCUAAUUCUGGACCAGCUUAUCCCAGGUCUAGGCCUGGGCCGAGCUGAGGCAACACACUGCUUGGAACAGACAUUUCCCAACCUGCUGGUCAGGACUGGAGAUUCUGCUAGCCGCCCUCGGGCUGCAGCCAUCGCCUUCAUACAGGAAAUCGCUGUUUUGAAGGAUGUCCGGGCCCUUCAGAUUAUCCCUGGAGAAAUGGUGAAGCCCUUCAAAUCCAACUUCCCCUCUCGCCUGGCUCAGAGUCGGGCUGAGCUACUCGAGAAACUACUCACAGAACUGGGAACAGAGAGCUCUGGCUUCACCUUGGAAAAUGUUAUCACGUUCUGUACAGCUGCAUUGGCGCAUAGUGCAAAAGCAGUUCGAGAACUGGCGGUGCGCACCAUCUUAUCCAUGUACCAGCGCCACGGAAGUGCUAUUCUCGGCUACCUACCACCCAACGAUACGUCCACACGGAAGAACUUUCUUUUUAAAACCAUCUUUGAUGGCUUUGCUAAGAUUGAUGGCAAUCUGGUGGAGACUCAGUCUUCAAGGAAGGGUGUUAGAGAAAAAGAAAAGGAGGAGAUUCAUUCGCUUCAGGAGCAGCUGGCUGUCUUGAAAGAGAUCACAGAAAGAGGAAAUGAAAGUUCCGAAGGACAAAUGCCCAAAAGACGGCAUCAUGGAGUUGUGUCCCAAAAAGCUGUCAAAGGAAGUGUCACAAAAAGCCCAAAAAGAGCAACAUGUGUAGAUCUACAGCAAUCUAUCAAGUAUCUGGACAACUUGUGUAUCUUCUGUGGUAAAAAGGACGAGUCGUUCACAGAAGAUGGAUUGGACCUUCACUACUGGAAACAGUGUCCAAUGCUGCGGCGCUGUGACGAAUGUAGACAGGUAGUUGAGAUAGCCAGUCUCACAGAGCACCUGCUGGGUGAAUGUGAAAACAGAUCCAAGUUCAGCCAGUGUCAACGCUGCUCAGAGGCUGUGGCCACAGAGGAUCUGACUUGUCAUGUCCAGGGUCCAUCAUGUAAUCCCCCCAUCUCAGGUAAAGACUUCAACCACUGCCCUUUGUGUCACAACAACUUCAUGCCUGGAGAAGAGGCCUGGAAGGCUCACCUCAUGGGCAGAGAGGGCUGUAAACAAAACUCACGCAGAACUGCAGUGUCUCAGAGAACCCAGCCAGCACAAGGUAAAGCCAUCGGUGGGGCCAAGCUGAAGCAAGCAUGGUCAGUUGGAGCCAGAGCCAGAGCCAGGCCUAUGGACAGAGGCAGUCGGAUCCCAUCCCUGGCACCUUUGCCUAGGAGAUUUACACCAGGGAAACAUUGAAGCUGGGUCUUCAUAGACCUUAUACUCAUAUUAACAGCUCAGCAACAACAAACAACCACUCCUCAGUCACAUUUCCUGUUUUUAUUCCAGCAUAUCUGCACUUUUCUGAAACACUCGAUGAGGAUCAAAUAGUGACAUAGCACAGUAUGCACUAUAAUUAAAGCCAUAACCAUUUUGACUGAAGCCAUGAAAACCUAGCAGACCUUUGAGUUGUAUCCAGUCCCAUCUACUUACUCGUUCUUGUCCAUACAUUAGGCUUCUAGUAUGACAAACCGAUGGGGUGAGUAAACAUGAGCUCUCUGUGAGCUGGAUAUCUUCUUACAAAGCUAGCAGAGUUUUUGCCUCUUUUUUUCCACAAUACUCACUGCCCUUUAAAUCCUCUGUAAGGGCGAGUUGUACCGCUCAAAAUUGUAGACUGAAUUCUGUGCUGCACUUCUCUUAAAUUUAGGUGAUCCAUAAAAGAUAUACAUUUAUAUUUUCAAUAAAAAGAAAUUAAGCAGCUGUGGCAAAGAUGCGGAUUUUAGUCUGUAGUAUCAGUUAAAAUGAAAAGUGCUUAUUUCUGCCUUUUUUUAUGAAAACAUCUUUUCACUAUAAGAUGUCUUUCUGGUUUGUGUUAGAAAAAUACAUCUCCAAGCUGAGAUAACCCAGAUGGCAUCACUUUGACAUCCUCAGGGCUCUUUGUUUUUCUUUUUCUCCUUUUAAACAUUUGUCAGCUUUACAUUUUUUACCUGCAUUUUAACACAAAAGUGGGGGCUGAUUUAUACAGACUCAGUCUACAUGAAUCUGUAGAGUAGCUCUCAGUGUGGUAUUGAAAACAUAAUCCACCACUCCAUCAUGACAGAAGAUAAACACUGAAACCUAGAAACAGUUUUUUCUAGUAGAGGCAGUGAUGAAAGGAUGCAUAGAGUCAAGGUUUAGGGACAAGCAGAAAUCUUUACUCCUUGGCAACAGUCCAGAUAAUUCCUCAGGCCUGAAUCCAUUGACAACUUGAUGAUAACUUACCGCUUCACAGUUAUUUGCUUACAGGUUUGCAUACUUUGUCUUAAACUGAAUACAAGGAAUGUUAUUGCUCUUUGCCAAAGGUUCAUAAACUUAAAAGUACAGUAUUUAUUUCCCUGAUUAAUGCCUACUGACAAUCUUGAGUAAAAACGAGGAAGACAAAUUAAAUAUUUUAACAGAAUCAUUCAAGUGAAAUCCAUAAGAGGAAUAUGUGAAUGUACUACAUACAGUAAGAUUAAACCAACCCCAACAGUUUGAAGCACUUCAUUGGCUGAAAACGAGCAUUAGAGAUGAACAGCCAGAUUUAGUUAUCACUAACAUUGUACUCCCUCCACUGUAUGAUAGUGUUAUGACGAUGUUGAUUGUAAUUUAUGAAUGAGAGAACGGCAAACAUGACUCUGUAUGUGAGAUGCAGUCUAAGAUGUUUUUAGUGUCAUUGCUAUUUUAAUAGAAUUAUCAAUGCAUGAGUUGUUCCUUUAUUGGUACCAGAGGGAAGAGUAGAGGAACAACUCACAGCUGUUUAUUUAUAAGCAGAUAUUCGUACUCUUUACUUUCCAUUAUAUGGCUUAUAGGCUUCUGUGCUGAGAUGACUGUGGAUGUUUUAUGCUUUUUUUAUGUGCACCGUAGUCGGUAUUUCUGAAUAAUAAUUUUGGCAUCAUUUGGCUGUUUUUCCUUGCAAAUGUAUUUGCCAAUAAAGCUGCAUUAAACUGAA